AUGAAUAUUUAUAAUAUACUGCUCUCUUUAUUUAUUGUUAUAGAUAACAUUUAUCGGUCUUGUCUCAUUGUACAGGCAAUAUUAGAUAAUGAAAUAGCUAGAUCAUACUCUUGGUUACUUGAAAUUUUAAAUAAAGCUACUGAUAAGCUUUGUUUAAAGACUAUUUUAACAGAUGCUAAUCCUGCUAUAAGUCUUGCUAUUUCAAGCAUUAUGCUUUCGGCUUUGCAUCUUUAUUGUAUCUGGCACAUUAGCCAAAAUUUACAAAAAAAACUUAAAAACAAAUUAGGAUCUAGUUGGGAUUCAUUUAUUAAAGAUUUUUAUAAAACUCACAAUAUACUAGAUUUACAAAUAUUUGAAAUUCGGUUUAAGGCAUUAUUAAAAAGUUAUCCAAAAGCAGCACAAUACUUCAAUAAAGUUUUAUAUCCUAACAGACAUUCUUGA